GGUCAGCUGUGUACGGGAGUCGAAGACGAGAAAUGCGCCUUAGGCAUGUAAGUGUGGCUGUCGGUAACACUGAAAGGCAGCAACAUGUACGUCUUCGGUUUCGACAUCACAUAGACGUGUAAUAUGCGUGCGAGUGCUUGUUCACGGUGAAGUUUUGGCGUGAACGGUGGCUCGGAGGAAUCAUGGCGUCGGUGGCGGGCUCGCAAGAACAAAUGCCCGCCGCGCACGGCCAUAGCUUCUGCAAGAAGACCUUCCACAAGCCCACCUAUUGCCACCACUGCAGCGACAUGCUAUGGGGCCUCAUCCAGCAGGGCUUCAUCUGCGAAGUUUGCAACUUCGUAGUGCAUGAUCGCUGCUUGAAGACUGUAGUAUCCCCGUGUUCCAGCGUCGCCGCCAGUCUUAUCAGGAAUCCGGUCGCGCAUUGUUGGUCGGACGCGUUUCAUCACAAGAGAAAAUUUUGCAACGUAUGCAGAAAGAGAUUGGACGACAGCGAGUCGAUCCAUUGCGAAAUAUGCGAGUAUUUCGUGCACGUGGAGUGCCAGGACUUCGCCGUGGCGGACUGCAAGGAGAACGCGACCUACCUGCCGGGGAAACAGCUGGUCUUCGUGCGCCACCAACACCACUGGCGCGAGGGCAAUCUUCCGAGCAACUCCAAGUGCGCUCUGUGCAAGAAGACCUGCUGGACCACCGAAUGCUUGUCUGGAUAUCGAUGCGAAUGGUGUGGAAUGACGUGUCACGCGUCCUGUCACAUGAGCAUAAAUAAUGAAUGUACGUUCGGUAUUUUGGAGCCGAUUUACCUGCCGCCUCAUGCUGUCAGCAUACCAAGAACGGAGGUGCCCAUGGAGGCGAUCAUCGGUGUCCAAGUGCGCAGGAAGGACACCCUCUCCCUCAUCUGUUCGGAUACGGUAAGGAGAAGUGCUUCACUGUCGAGUGUUUUGAAGCGCCUUUCUGUUGUUUUGCCGAACUCUUGCCAAAGUAUUAGCCAGUCCCAAAAGACACCUCCUUAUGUUAGAGCGAGAAGCACGUCGGAAGAAUUUAGCAGCGGCGAUGCUGGCAGAUACCGAGACUCGGAAGAUUAUGCACAAACACACGCUCCUCGGGAUAGUCGACAGGAUAAACAGAACAAAAACCAGGAGGAAAGAGACGAAGAAGUGAUAAAGGUGUACGACGGCAACAACUCCUUCCGCAGGAAAAUAUUCAGAUUGAUCGUGGUACCGAGGCAGGCGCCGCUCAAGCAAGUCCUCACUCAGGCUCUCCGAGCAUUCCACAUAACCAAGGACCCGAACUCAUUCCAUCUGACGGACUUGUACUCGCCGGACGAAGCCGUGCUGCAGGACCCCACGCCGGUACUGAGCAUGCACAGGAAAGAGGGCAAGCGACCGGCGGUGUUCCUUAGAUUCAAGGACCGCGACAACGAUACGGGGGAAGUGCGCGUAUAUCCAGGAAAACUGCAAGUUUCUCAGACACACUGCACCGUGCCUGUGGACUCGAACACGACAGUCGGGGAUCUCAUCGGGGAAGCUUUGCAGCGCUUCUCUUUGGAGGACAGCAAACCCGAAGAUUUUCGAUGCAGUGAGGUCCUGUUAGAUAGAGGCGUUACUGAAAGGGUUUUAUCGUGGAACGAACGACCAUGGGAAAUAAUGAAACAACUGGGCAAAGAUAGCAUAAGGCAAAUGGAGCUGAUGAGGUUCUAUUUGCAAUUAAAGCAGGAUCCCCAUGGACCAAAUUUAGCGUUAUUCGUGGGAAACUUACCGCCGAAUCUAUCCGAGCGGAAUUACGAGAAUAUUUUAACGGAUUUUUUAGGAAGAGAAAAUAAAUUCUCCAAAAUCGGUCCUAUUUAUUACGAGUACGGAUCUAUGGUGAUCACUUACGAAGAUUCGGAAAAGGCUGUGAGAGCGCUUUACGCCUUAAGAGAAUCCAAGUACGAGGACAAACAACCUUUACUUGUAAUGCUCCUACCGAACAUAGAACCGUCGAUGAUUCCUCAAGGCGUUCAACCGCUCCUAGUUUUCGUUAACGUAAAGUCGGGCGGAUGCCAAGGCUUAGAACUAAUAUCCAGCUUCAGGAAGCUGCUGAACCCCUAUCAGGUGUUCGACCUCGACAACGGCGGCCCUUUGCCGGGUUUAUACGUAUUUCGGAACAUUCAAAAUUACAAAAUACUCGUUUGCGGCGGCGACGGCACCAUCGGUUGGGUGCUGCAGUGCCUGGACAACGUCGGUCAGGAUUCGCAGUGUUCUUCGCCCGCUUGCGCCAUCGUGCCCUUAGGAACGGGCAACGACCUAGCUCGCGUGUUACGCUGGGGGCCGGGUUAUACGGGCGGUGAAGAUCCGCUAAACCUGCUGCGAGACGUGAUCGAUGCCGAAGAGAUCCGGCUGGAUAGGUGGACGGUGGUGUUCCAUCCGGAGGACAAGCCGGACGAUAGCAGCGUCAAGCAGGUCAAUUCCACUGGUAAGAGGAGGCAAAAACUGUCCAAAAUGAAAGUGACCAAUGAGCAAAUUAGAAAAGCAGUUGUAGCAAGCUCGACGAGCGAGGACAAUUCGCAGAUAUUCGUGAUGAACAAUUAUUUCGGCAUCGGCAUCGACGCCGACCUCUGCCUGGACUUCCACAACGCGCGCGAGGAGAACCCCGGCAAGUUCAUCAGCCGGCUGCACAACAAGAGCGUCUACGUGAAGAUGGGCCUGCGGAAGAUGGUCGGCCCGAAGAUGUGCAAGGACCUGCACAAGGAGGUCAGGCUGGAGGUGGACGGGAAGCUCGUGGAGCUGCCGCAAGUCGAAGGAAUCAUUAUUCUUAACAUCCUAAGUUGGGGAUCGGGAGCGAACCCGUGGGGUCCCGAGAAGGACGAUCAGUUUUCGAAGCCGAAUCAUUGGGACGGGAUGCUGGAGGUGGUCGGUGUGACGGGAGUGGUGCAUUUGGGGCAGAUACAGUCGGGGCUGCGCACGGCUAUGAGGAUUGCUCAGGGAGGACAUAUUAAAAUCCAUCUAAACUCGGAUAUUCCGGUUCAAGUCGAUGGGGAACCGUGGGUGCAAAGCCCCUGCGAUGUCGUCGUGCUCAAAUCUGCUCUAAAGGCCACCAUGUUGAAGAAGUUGAAGGGUAAAAUGAAGCGGCGCAAUACCGAACCUACGAUGUUGGUGUCCCCCGGCGUUCAACUGGUUCCUUUACCUUCCAACGAUGGUGAAUCCCCCACGGAUCCGAACAACACCAAUUUUUAGUUUGAAAAAAAAAUGAAAGUUAAAAAGUUGCUUUGUGUUUAGACAUUAGUCCACCUUUUUUGGACGCGUUAUACUUUUUAAUUUAUUGACUCUGGUAAACGUAUUUUUAAAAACAGUAAAAUGUAAUAAUUAUUACGUUAGAGUAUGGUAUUUUUACCAAAUUACUGGUGAAAAAAAAAACAAAAUGAAAGGCAGUCGGCCCGUUGCGUUUAUUUGUAAUUAAAAAUAAUUUGUUUUAGUACAAGUCAUGUACUAGUUUGUAGUCACAUUAACUGAAUAUUUAUUUAUUUCGUUGAAAAUAGUACAUUUUAUGUAAUUGAAAAGAUAUGUAAUACAUAUAUUCAUUCGGAACAUACGUGAACAACCAGAUAAUACAUGCAAUUAUGGGAAUGUACCAUCUUUUCCCAGAGUACAAGUCUGAUCACCUAAAUUUCUGAGCGCCUUCGUUGUUGGAAUUAAUGGUUUACAAAAGAAUCGUGUAAGUGAAAGACUCGAACUGCUUAAGUGUAGAGAAGUGAUUUUAAGCUCGUUAAGAUACCUCAGAAAUUGGUGAUCAAUUAAAGUAGAUUAUACAAUCUUAAUAGUGACCCUUUCCAAAGAUAUGGAAGCCGUCUAGUGCGGCAGGUGUGUUGUUAAUACAUAUAUCUGUCUAAUUGUUAUAUUUAAGCCAUUUUUGCCGCUGUGUAGCCAUAAAAGAAAUGUUUUCGAAAUGAAGUUUUAUGGAAACAUGGCUUACUGAAGGUGCCUCGAAUGUACCAAUCGAAGGAUAUGCGUAGGUGCUAUCAGAGAGAAACGUUUGUUCUCGCUAGCCAGGAAGCGACAGCGAACGUUCAUGUUAAUCUGCCUUAGUGCUAAGGGCUCAAGUCUUCAUGGAAGCCGCCUGGAGUAGAAUCCAUGAAGACAGUGCUUCAGGCAGAUUUACAAUUCGAGUCGAUCCAUAAUUUUAGCUGAUAUCUUAAUUUAAUUGAUGUGCUGUAUUAUUUAUAAUUAUAUUUCUCAAAAAUAUGUACUUAAAUUAGAUGAAAUCGCCAAAGUCACUUUUUUAUUUCAUCUAUCAGAAACAAUUUGAUAAUCUGUUGCUUCUGUGUGAUUAUGUGCAACUUUUAACGGUUUCAUAAUCACACAGAAAUUCGGUAUAUGUAUAUACUUAUUGUGCGUAGAUUGUUAAAGUGUUUCUUUGCAUAUGAAAUAUAUGUAUAUGUGAUUAAAAUAGAUAUAUAAAAAAUUGUGAAAUAUAG